AUGGGUUUACUGGCCACACUCCGCUCCAAGAAGACUAAGGCCACCAUCAGAGUCAUGGUCACUGCGUCACACAACCCUGAGGGUAGCAAAACAUAACACUUGCUUCCUUUACUACCCUUCACUGUGUCUAUAUGGCUUCAGGGUCGUUCCAUGUCAUUUCAAGCAAGCCAUGACACCCACCAUCUCAGAUUGUUCUGAAAUCGUUUAUUUAGUUAGAAACAGUUAAGAUUAGCAUUCCUGCAACAUUAUUUUGUUGAAAUAUAAUUUGAUCUAUGAGAAAUCAAGGUAAUUGAUUGCACCCAAAUUGGUUCAUAUAAUAUUCAAUAAAUGUAGUACCUAACAUCUGAUUUGGAUCAAACUCUUUUCUAACAAUGAGUAAAACAUGAAGAAUCCAAAGAAAUGGUACACCAAUCCCAUCCCAACAACGAGUAUUCUGUAUCAGUUCUCUAGGUCUGACAAGUAUCAUGGAGCUGCGGCUCGGACUAUUGUUUAUUCAUACUAUGUAAUAUAUUCUCAUUGAAUUUGGUGAUGUUUUUUUUCCCCCUGUUCAGAGAAAUUAGUCAUUGAAGCUGUUAGGUUUAUGUCCAAUCCUACAACCUGAUAUUACCAGGUUCUGACCACUAGAUGGUGUUGUUCCUGCUAUUAGGUGAUUUAAAAAAUAAAUAUAAUAAUCCCCCCUCAAUGUUGAAGAGAGUUCACCCAAAUUACAAAAUGACAUAUUGGUUUCCUUACCCUGUCAGCAGUUUAUGGACAAGGUAUGACAGCAACCCAUGCUUGGUCCAAAUUGGAUGUUAGGUACUAUAUUUAUUGAAUAUUAUAUUAAUCUUAUAAAUAAAAAAUUGCCAAUUUGGGUGCUUAAUUUCUCAGAUCAAAUUAUAUUUCAACCAAAUAAUGUUGCAGGAAUGCUAACAUUACGUUUUUAACAACAGAAACCAUUUCAGAACAAUCUGAGAUGGUGGGUGUCAAAACCCUCUUUCUUGUGCUUUUUGAGGUGGAACGACCCUUCAGGGUCUAUCUUUGAUUUAUAGUCCCUGGUGUUCUAUUCUGGUCUGCUCUGAGGGCCACAAAUCAAGCUGCUGCGGAUUCUCUGAUAUUAUUAGAAAAAGGUUGUCUAGAAUUGAUUUGCUUUCAUGGAAAGUAUUGCUUUUCUGAUUUACACAAUAUCCCAAUCUCCAUCUUUAUCUCUCCCCUCCUCCCUCUCUCCAUCUACCUCACCCCUACUAUCCACACUAUACUACAACCACCCCUUCCUAUUCCUCUCAUACCCCUUCCUUCCUUCUCUCCACAUCUCCCUUCCCAUCCACUAUAUCCCCCCAUCCCCCCUCUCCAGGAGGAUAACGGGGUGAAGCUGGUGGACCCCAUGGGGGAGAUGGUGACCCCUGCGUGAGAGGGCAAUGCCACCCAGCUGGCCAACACGGAGCAGGAGUGGCUCCUCACCGUCCUGAAGGACGUCCAGGAGGCCAGCGUGUUUGUGGGCAAAGAUACCAGGUACUGGGGUAUUAACAUUCUCUAGUCUAGAAACUAAACUAUAAUCUUGAAUAUCAAGGGUUAGCAAUAUGACAGGGGGAAAGUUAAUUUUGCAUCGCCCAUUGUCCCGGGUGGGUGGAAAUGUCACUUUAGGACCAAUGGAAUGAUCUAAAAUACUUAAACUCAGCCCACCCGGGGGACCUGGUGAUGCAAAAAUAACUCAACCAAGGUUAUCUCAGAUAUUUAAUCUCAUUGGUUGUGUUACUUCAGGCCCAGCAGUGAGAGCCAAUCACAGGCAGUACUGGAUGGAGUCCAAGCCCUGGAAAGCCACAUUAAAGGUGCAUUAACUCUUAGGUUCAACUACACCUUGGUAUGUGAUUGAUUGUUGGUUCUUCUUCUUGUUUGGAAAUCACUUAUUGGUGACUCUUCCUGUCUAUCAGAUUAUGGCUUGGUGACCACACCCCAGCUGCACUACAUGGUGUGAUGUCAGAACACCCAGGGUCGCUAUGGUGAAAGCCACGGUCAAGGGUUAUUACCAGAAACUCUCCCAGGCUUUCAUCCAGCUCACUAAGAACGCAAGACUACAUAAUCUCUCUGUCUGCCUGUAACACUUUAAUAACCUUCAUGAAUAAGCAUGACUAAACUCUUUAUAAAUAGUGAACAUAUUCUAUAAAAAAAAUAGUAUUACAAAAAUUGGUGAGUAGUUAUAAUCAUACAUAUUGUUUUAUAAAGCAUGUUUACUCAUUUGCAAGCACUUUUAAUUGAAGGUGAGGACACACACAGCUUAGUCUUUCCAACUCACAAUACUAUCAGUGCUGACCUCUCCUCUCUCCAGGUGUUAGUGAGGUGUACCAAGACAGGAGUUAAACACCGUCACCAUGCAGCCCAGGAGUUUGACAUUGGUGUUUACUUCGAGGCCAACGGCCAUGGAACUGUGAGUCGGAAACAUGCUCACACACUAAUCUCUGACGGGUAUAUUGCUUGAAUGUACCCACUCAAUGACGGCCUGUCUGUAUGAUUACGGUCAUGUUGUGGUUGUGUUGCGGUCCCAUCUCAGGUCCUGUUCAGUAAAGCAGCAGAAGAGAAGAUCCAGCAGCUAGCCCAGGACUCCAACACCAACGACGAGAGGAAGAGAGCUGCACUGCUACUGCAGAACACGGUCAACCUCAUCAACCAGGCAUGACCACACAUGGACAUGGCAACACAAUCAACCAUUUUAGCAAUAGUGACUACACAUGUUCAUUGCAAUGACGGGUCCAAUCCUGUGUGCAUAACUGACAUUUUAUAUAUCUCUGUCUCUCUCUCUGUCUGUCUCUCGCUGUGUGUGUAGACAGUAGGAGAUGCUGUCUCUGACAUGCUUCUGAUUGAGGCUGUGUUAGCCAUCAGAGGGAUGACAUUACAACAAUGGGACGCAAUUUACACAGACCUGCCCAACAGACAGCUCAAAGUGAAGGUGUGUGUGUGUGGGUGGGUGCCUGUGUGCACUCAGGGAGUUGCAUCAUAUGUUACUUUAAAUGCCUGUAUAAUAAAGAAAUCUAAUACAUAUGUUUUAACACAGUUUAUCCUGGUGCCUCAGUUGCAGUGUUGUUGUGUGGCCUGUAGGUGGCAGACCGGCGAGUGAUUGACACUACAGAUGCAGAGAGGAGAACAGUGAGUCCAGCAGGUCUGCAGGAGGCCAUAGACAGCCUAGUGAAUAAGUACAGACAGGCACGCUCCUUUGUCCGUCCCUCGGGCACUGAGGAUGUGGUCCGAGUGUACGCUGAGGCAGACACACAGGUGGGACUGAAUGCUGACACUCAGACCUACUAUCACAUGGAGUGAUAGUGAUUCACUCAAUUCACCUUUCUUGUUCACUUGCUAUGUCUUUACCUUUCUUUACGCAUUAUUUUUCUGUCGCUCACUGUCUGAUGAUGGUGAUGUAUUUGUGUGUUUCAGGAGAGUGCUGAUGCCCUGGCACAUGAAGUUAGCCUGGUAGUGUACCGCCUCGCUGGAGUAGUGGCAGAGGAGUCCUAUCCUUUAUAA